GAGGAAGUCCGUCUCUUUCAGUUUGACCUGAAACGUCUGAAGAGAGAGAGAGAAAUGAAGCUCCAGUCUCUGCUGCUGUCGAUCGCCCUCAGCUGCUGCUCUGCUGAAGACGCUCCGGAUCCUCCGUCAAUCCGUCUGAACUCGGAUUUCCUUCCAAACCAAACAGAGGUGCUCUUGACAGCCGGCUCCCCCUUCAACCUCACCUGUCAUGGUCACUAUUCGGUCCAUCUGACCACCACUGCGUUCCGUCUGUUGUACCGGGACCGACUGCUGGAGCCGGUGGAGGUAAAGAGGUCAGACCCCAGACACACCGGGACCUAUCGCUGUGGGUACGUCAACAAGAGCCUGGAUCAACUGGACACCUGGAUACACCUGUAUGUCAAAGACCCAGCUGACGCCUUGACUGUGUUCGUCACACCUCGCGGCGUCCCUUCUGUCAAAGAGGGCCAGGACUUCCUCUUCAGGUGUCUGCUCACUGACCCGUUCGUCACAGAGCUCACCCUCCAAUCAGCAGAGAGCACAGGGAGCGAGGGGCGGGGCCUGCCCCAGGGUAUGAACGUGAUCUUUGACCGCAAGAAAGGAGCCCUGAUCCGAGACCUGCAGAGGUCGUUUAAUGGAAAAUACGUUUGUUCGGGCUGGAAGGACCGAAGGGAGUUUAGAUCCAGACCUGUCGACCUGCAGGUGUUCCCCAAGCUACGUCAUCCUCCCUCCCUGUCUGUCAGUCAGGAUCAAGUGGUCCGUCUGAAGGGAGAGACCUUUGAGGUCACCUGUCUCACCAGCAACCCCACCCAUUUCUACAACCUCACCUGGACACACUCGAACACAAAGACACUGAAUGUCACUGUGAGCCGUGACUACAUCAACGACCACCUGUACAUAAACAGCACUCUCAGGGUAUCUGCUGUCAGCCAGGUUCUUGGGGGCAGCUACACCUGUACGGCCGUCAACGAGGCCGGAGUUGCCUCGGCCACCACGGAGCUGAGGGUUCUGGACGGCCCCUACCUGAGGAUCUACCUGCAGCCGCUGCAGCAAGCUAACACUGGCACCAAGACCAUAGCGGUCCAUGAGGGCCCGGGUAAUGCUAGCAACAUGCUGAUGAAGGGGCAAGGAGAGCUACAAGCUAACAUUAGCACCCAUCAAUUGGACGUGGAUGGGGAUAGCAGUGCUAACAUUAGCGGCAGUAGCACAGUGGAGGUGCAUGAAGGUCGAGAUGUGACGUUGACCUUUGUGAUCGAGGCAUAUCCUCCAAUCAGGAGCCAGCGCUGGACAACAACAACACAAGCCCAUAAGGACAACAACAAUACGGUGUACCAGGAGAGCUACGCUGCUAACGGCUACAGGGCGGAGGCCAGCUUGCUGCUACGUCGGGUGCAUCAGGAGGAUCGAGGUCGAUACUCGUUCUACUUUGCUAACUCGUUCUUUGACGGCUCGCAGAAGAUCGACCUCCGAGUUUACCAAUCUCCGAGUGUCGUCAUCAGUCUUCAGAAUGACACACUGACCUGCUGCAGCUCUGGAUAUCCGUUACCUACAAUGCUCUGGUACAUCUGCCCCGGCGUCAUGCACACGUGUGGAGACUUCCCUGUUUACCAGCUUCCGGACGCUGAUGUGACCUCCCAGGACGAGGAGGUGAGGACACACCUGACCCUCCCCCGUUCACCUGGUGACUUCACCGUGGAGUGUGUCACCUCCAACCAGAUGGGAGAGUCUCGUGAAGUCUUUACUCACCGCUCGGCUGAAAAAAAUCUAACUUUCUUGACUCCGGCACUGAUUGGAUCUCUGAGUGCAGCCGUGCUGCUGCUCCUGCUGUUAGUGGUCUUGUUCUACAAGUGGAGACAGAAACCCAAAUAUGAGAUUCGCUGGAAGAUCAUCGAGAGCACCGACGGGAACAGCUACACCUUCAUUGACCCUAGCCAGCUGCCGUACAACCAGAAGUGGGAGUUUCCUCGAGACAAACUUCGCCUCGGUGCUGUUGUGGGUUCGGGAGCGUUUGGGAAGGUAGUCAAGGCAACGGCUUAUGGUCUGGGAACUGGCGACGCCACUCGAGUCGCCGUGAAGAUGCUCAAACCGAGCGCUCACUCUGAGGAACGGGAAGCCCUGAUGUCUGAGCUGAAGAUUCUCGGCCAUCUUGGUUACCAUGACAACAUCGUCAACCUGCUGGGAGCCUGCACUCGAGGAGGUCCCAUGUUGAUGAUCACAGAGUACUGUAGCCAUGGCGACUUGCUGAACUUCUUGCGGGUCCACGCUCAGGAUUUCAUGGAGUCGCUUCUCGGCGUGGAGGAAGUGGAGGCAGAAGCCCCGUAUCAGAACAUGGCCUCCCAGAACCCCCGACUCAGGAGUGACAGUGGGAUUUCCUGCUGUUCAGAGUAUCAGGAGAUGCAGCCGGUUCAGAGUCCAGGACAAACACACCUGGGUGUGCAGACAAACAGUGUUUCUGUCGGCGACCUGAUGAGGUUUUCCUACCAGGUGGCUCAGGGUCUGGACUUCCUGUCCACCAGGAAUUGUAUCCACAGAGAUGUAGCAGCGAGAAAUGUCCUGCUGACCGAUCGCUGUGUGGCAAAGAUCUGUGACUUUGGUUUGGCUCGAGAUAUCCGCAACGACGACAGCUACAUCGUGCAGGGAAAUGCCCGUCUCCCGGUGAAGUGGAUGGCUCCAGAAAGCAUCUUUCAGUGCGUCUACACCGUCCAAAGUGACGUCUGGUCCUACGGAGUCUUGCUGUGGGAGACCUUCUCGCUGGGUAAGAGUCCGUACCCAAAUGUUGCCGUGGAUACCAAUUUCUACAAGAUGAUCCAAGAUGGCCGCCACAUGGACAAGCCAGACUUCGCUCCAGACGAGAUGUUUCAGCUCAUGACGCUCUGCUGGAGUUUGGAGCCUACAGACAGACCGACCUUUAGCAUGAUUGGUCAGCUCAUUGACAGGCUCCUCCCCUCCACCAAUGACACAGCUUUGCCUCACGGGGACCAGUUGACAUACAAAAACCUCAACGAGUGCAGGGAGGAGGAGGAAGAGGAAGAGGAGGAGGUCAGAGGAGGAGGUGCACUGAAGAGAGGAGAGCGCCACGAUGAACACAAUGAUGAUGAUGAAGAUGAGGAGAAGGAGCCGAUGAUGAAGAACAUCUACCAGCUGACCUGAUUGUCUCGUCCAAUAAAGAUGCUGGAAAUGAAACGUGUUCCUCAAAGAUUCAGAGAGACGUCAUGAGUCCAAAUGUUCCCUAAAACCACCAAACACACUAAAGUUCUGGGAUCUGGAUCAUCAGGGUCCAGAACCUCUGGGUCUGGAUCCACUAGGUCUGGAUCCUGUGGGUCUGGAUCCACUAGGUCUGGAUCCUCUGGGUCUGGAUCCUCUGGUGGAUCCUUUGAUCUGGUCUGAGAUCUGCUACUUGGGGAACCUUUUCAUUCUACUGAUUUUGGUGUUACAUUUUAUUGUGUUUUUAAAUUAAUCACUUUCUUCUCUGCGAUUUACGAUAAUUGUAAUUAAUAACUGUAAUUAUAUGUCUUUAAAUAAAUUCAGACUAAAAGCA